UGAUCCAUUGACCCAGUCUUUUUACCGGAUUGAUGUCCGGGUCGGGUUUUAAAACUAUGGUUUAUAGAGCCAUGAUGUUGUGAUUAUUCAAACAAUUUGUCCAAAUAAUGUUAUCUUAGUUUUUAUGAUUUUAUGGCAUUAAUAUGAAGAUAUUUGAUUUAGAGUGAUCAUUUUAUUUUUAUUUGAGGGUUGGUUUAAUGGGUAUACAAUUUGGAUUUCGUUGGCAUGGUGUAGUGCUAACUUGAUUGCUAGAUUUAUGUAUAUUCACUUGAUCACUUGCCCAGUCAUCUACUUUUUAUGUCUCAUGUUUCCACUUUAUGCUCUACAAAUUUUACUCAAUAGAUUAUGGUAAAUUUAUUUUGGUUGUUCGAAAAAGGACCAAGAAUGAACGAAGUCCAAGUAUGGGUACUUUUUUAAUACUACCAUUCAUUGCUUCUAAUUUCUUGAGUUAAGAAUUAAACGCACAGUUUUGUUGAUUUUGGGGUUUUGAUUUGUUGUUCAGAACAUUGUUGAACAAGUGAGAGGUGUUUGGUAGUGAGUGUUGGUUUGAUAUUUGGUUUGCAAUAGUUGAUAAAUGCUUUUAUUAAGGUAGAAUUGGAGUGUGAUAUUGAAUCUGAGAAAUGGUUUGGACCAUAUUUUUUUAAAUUCAUUUUUUUCUUAAUAAUAAGCGUAACUAAAAAAAAGAAAAAUAGAUUGCAACUUGAAAUAUUUGUAUGCUAUUGAAAAUAAGUUAUUAUUUUAUGUUCCGGUUUCAUCUGAUACAUUUGUACAUCUAGUGCUUUGUUUUUUUUUGGUUAUGCAUUUCAAUAUGUAUCAACUUGGAAAUGGAAGGGUGUUUCUUAUUUACACUUGUCUGACAUGCCAAUGGAAGGGUGUUUCAUCAUGUACAUCACACAAGUUUGAGAAGGAACAUUCCGUCAAGAAAACUUGUGGGAAUCUGACAGUUGAAGGCAGUAAAGUGCAUAUUAUUUGGAAGUCAUUGUGAUAGAUGACUCAUCAUCAUAGGCGGGGCACUUUUAUAUUGUUUAGACUUUGUGAUGUAAUUAUGUAGCUCGAUGGUAACAAGGGUGUUUAAUUUUGUGAUUUUAACAUAUAAACAUCCAAACACCAAUGUUUUGUCUAUUUACUAUGCAUGAAUUUCUUUUAAUGGUAAUAAAUUUUUUUGUAUGUAUUUUUAUAUUAUUUUUAUCAGUAUUUUUAUAUGUGAAUGCUAGUUGUUUUUUUUGAGAUGGGUUUUGGUCAAAUUUGUGUUCCAAAGAUGAGGUUGGAUUUGAAUUGUUAAGGGGUAUAUUGGUAAAACUAACCUAAAUAUUGUUGUUAACAUCGCUCAUAUCCAUGGGCCCCACAUGAGUAAAAAAUUGCUUAUCAAACAUAGGGUAGGAUGGGAUAUCCAAAUAUAUCUAACCCAAUGGAGGUGGUUGGAUGGAUUUGGAUUGGAUUGGAAUGGGCACAAAUUUGAUAUCCUAUCCAUUCCAUUCCGGGCAUCCAAACACCCCCAUGGGGUUUACCAUUUCAUGAAUCCCAAUUUCGGAGAGAUGUUUGUUAGAUAUGCUUUUCCCUCGACUCCCCCCCUCCAAAGUUGUCCCUUUUCUCGAAACAAUUCUUUCAUUUAUUCAUGCACUUUAGACUGAGAGAACAAAAUUUUUAGGGUUUGAGCCCAACUCAUUUCAAUGGCGUCUCAUCCGCAUCUGGACGAUGAUGAUGAUUUUGGUGGCGAUUUUCCUGGAAGCAAUACAGCCAGACGUUCAGGUAAUAAGAGAAGUUUUGGAGAUCUUGAGGAUGAUGAAGAUGAUAUUUUUGGGUCAAAGAAGAGUAACUUAAAAGUAGAAGAAACUGCACCCGGUGUGGCAACAGGGAUGAUUUUGUCUCUUCGUGAGAGUCUUCAGAACUGUAAGGAUACCCUUGCGACAUGCCAAACGGAGCUUGAAGAUACAAAGUCUGAGAUUCAGAAGUGGCAUUCUUCAUUUCAGAGCGAGUCCUUCAUACCGCCCGGCACACUCCCAGAACCCAGAUUAGUGGUCACUUAUCUUCAGACCCUGAAGUCCUCUGAAGAGUCAUUGAGAGAGCAGCUAGAAAAAGCGAAGAAAAAGGAAGCUGCAUUUAUCGUAACUUUUGCGAAACGGGAGCAGGAAAUAGCAGAAUUGAAGUCUGCAGUUAGGGAUUUGAGGGCUCAACUUAAACCACCAUCUAUACAGGCGAGGAAGUUACUGCUAGAUCCAGCAAUUCAUGAAGAGUUUACACGGUUGAAGAACUUGGUAGAGGAAAAGGAUAAAAAAGUGAAGGAGUUGCAGGAUAACAUUGCCGCUGUCAAUUUUACCCCACAGAGCAAGAUGGGGAAGAUGCUAAUGGCUAAAUGCAGGACCCUGCAGGAAGAAAAUGAGGAGAUAGGAAAUCAAGCUAACGAAGGAAAGAUGCAUGAGUUAGCAAUGAAACUUGCCUUACAAAAGUCCCAGAAUGCAGAACUCAGAAGUCAAUUCGAAGGAUUGUAUAAGCAAAUGGAGGGGCUGACCAACGAUGUUGAAAAAUCAAAUGAAAUGGUGCUAAUCUUACAAGAGAGGCUGGAAGAGAAGGAAGAUGAAAUCAGUAGGCUGAAGCAGGAGCUGCCCCAGAGGAGCAUAAUGGAGGAGACGACCGAAGCAGUUUCUGAUCAGAAAGUCAGCGAUGAAGGAAUGAUAUCCGUCGAAGCAGAAGCUGAAAAUUGAUAGGCUGAACUUUUCUUGUUGAUUUCUUUUUUUUUUUUUGCGGCCCUACACCUUGCAUAGUGGCAUAGGGGUGGAAUUUGAAGAGGAAGAUGAUGUGCUGGUAGCUUCUUUUCACUUUGCAUUCUUCCAGCGUUCCAAAUAUUAGUGUUUGCAGUAGAGAGAUGUAGCGGAACUGCCUAUUGGGGAGAAGCUUUGCGCCAACUACCAAAUUCGAGGAUUUUUCUACUAUUUUUAUAAUUGGAGAGAAUUCAAAUCUCGAGAUACCAAUUGGUCGUGUGAUGGUAACCAUCAACACUAUUCAAAUCUCGACAGUAUUGUUAAUUGGAUUUAAUUUGUUAAUCUAACUAUUUGUAAUAAUUGAAUUUACAGUGACUUAGUAUUUGUUGUGAUUCACAAUCUGAUUGUAAUGAAUUAAGUUAAUAAAUUAAAAAGCAUUAAUU